AUGCUGGCCCGUGUGGCAGGGAGUCGGGCUCCUCUGGGCCUGCUCCUGGUCUGUCUGCAUCUCCCAGGCUUCUUUGCCCGGAGCAUUGGUGCCAUGGAGGAGAAAGUUUCUCCACACUUGGGGACAAACUUGCCUCUGCUGGGACAACCUUCCUUCACUGGUCCCACCAACUACGGACAUCCUCAGCCGAAACCAAACUCUGAGUCUAAUGACUUAGAGGGAGUUCCUCUCAAACCCAAUAUUCCUCCACCAGAUGGCUCCCAACCUGCAGGAGGAUCUGGGGUGCGGAGGUGGCCUCCAUCCUGGGGGCCUCCUCUGGGGUUCUGGCCCUCUGAGGAUCCUUGGCAGGUGAUGGAUGCUGCAAAUGAGGACCAGCUGGGAGAGAUGCCACCUGAAGGACUGCCUUACCUUUCCAGUGCUGGUGCUGUCCCACUGGGUGGCCGUCCUUUGUCUGUGGCAUCCUCUGCUCACCAGGAAGAGCCCUCAUCUGAGACUUCACUUCUCCAGCAGGACUCAAAGUCAGGACAGCUGCCACGUUCUAACCUGCUGGGAGCCCAGAGACAAGCUCUUUCCCAGCACCCUUUCUGGUCUCUCAUCCAUAGGCUUCUUCCUGGCCUCCCCUGGGGGACCCUGAAUCCUGGUGUGUCCUGGGGAGGCGGAGGUCCUGGGACUGGAUGGGGAACAAGGCCCAUAGCACGCCCUCCUGGAACCUGGGGUAUCCAUAAUCAAUUCCCAGGUAGCAUCUGGGGGAAUAUUAAUCGGUAUCCUGGAAGCAUCUGGGGGAAUAUUAAUCGGUAUCCUGGAAGCAUCUGGGGGAAUAUUAAUCGGUAUCCAGGUACCAGCUGGGGGAAUAUUCAUUUGCGCCCAGGUAUCAAUAAUCGGUUUCCUCCAGGAGUUCUUCAUCCUCCUGGCCUCUCUUGGAACACCCCAGCUGGUUUCCCUAAUCCUCAGAACCCUGAUGAGCAGUGGGAGUAG